AUGGACUCCCAGGCGACCCAGUACCGGCACAGGGGGGAAGGGGAGCAGGGGCGACAGCAGGAGGUACUUGGGGAGGCUUUUGAGACGUCUCAACGCUUCGUCAACCCCCCUUUCUUCUGCCUCCCGCUUCCCCCUCCCUUUACUUCCCCCCAGUGCCCAUCAUCGAGCCAGGCGAUCCAGUACCGGCACAGGGGGGAAGGGCAGCAGGGGAGAGCGACUGGUGAUUACGGCAACGUCUCAAUUCUAUGUUUUCCGCUCACGCCUCCCUUUCCCCAUCCUCCCUCGCCUCCCUGUCCUUCCCCCCAGUGCCCAUCAUCGAGCCAGGCUAUCCUGUACCCGGGCAGGGGGGGAGAGCAGCAGGGGAGAGCGACUGGUGAUUACGGCAACGUCUCAAUUCUAUUGACCAUCAUCGAGCCAGGCUAUCCUGUACCGGGACAGGGGGGGAGGGCAGAGGAGAGCGAAGUCGGGGAGGGGGAUGAGGGAGGAUGUGCUCUUAUGGCGAUCCUGUACCUGUACAGGGGGGGAGGGCAGCAGGGAGAGUGCAAGCAGGGAGGGGGAUGGUGCCCAUCAUUGAGCCAGGCGAUCCUGUACCUGCACAUGGGGGGAAGGGCAGCAGGGGCGACUGCAGGAGUGCCCAUCAUCGAGCCAGGCGAUCCUGUACCGGCAGAGGGGGGGAGGGCAGCAGGGGAGGGGGACGAAGGGGCAUGGGCGCGGGACCAAGGGCGAAUGCAGGAGGUGUUUGGGGCGAUCAGGGAGCACCGAAUCGACACUGUGGGGCGAGGGCAGGUGCCACCUCGUUCGUUUCCGUUCCCUUCCCUCCACUCGCUGCACCUGACUCGCAAACGCAUUUCGCAGCAUCCCAUCUCUUCUCCAUUUCCUAUUGGUGGCACUGCAGUAUCAGUGGUGCAGAAUCACUCGUUCCCGUUCCCUUCCCUCCACUCGCUGCACCUGACUCGCAAACGCAUUUCGCAGCAUCCCGUCUCUUCUCCAUUUCCUAUUGGUGGCACUGCAGUAUCAGUGGUGCAGAAUCACUCGUUCCCGUUCCCUUCCCUCCACUCGCUGCACCUGACUCGCAAACGCAUUUCGCAGCAUCCCGUCUCUUCUCCAUUUCCUAUUGGUGGCACUGCAGUAUCAGUGGUGCAGAAUCACUCGUUCCCUAUCAGUGGUGCAGAAUCACUCGUUCCCGUUCCCUUCCCUCCACUCGCUGCACCUGACUUGCAAGGGCAUCUUGCUGCAUCUCAUCCUCCCUUUCUCCAUGUCCUGGUGGUGUUAGCACCAGUAGCUGGUGCUACUUCAUAUAAUCACUUGUAUCGCUUUCUUGAUGCUCGUGCUGCUGCUUCAAUCCCUCUUCCUCGCUCUCCUCCAUCCAACUACCCGCCUGCAGACCAGGGGGGAUGCCCAAGGCGACAAGUCCCCAUCAGGGCGAAUCACUCUGGUUCAGCUCAAGGAAUUGCUCUCUCUCCCUUCCCUCACACUCCUUCCCUCAACACUCCUCUCCGCCUCACUCCCCUCCUGCAGACCAGGGGGGACCGUCAAGGCGACAAGUCCCCAUCAGGGCGAAUCAAUCUGCUUCAGCUCAAGGAAUUGCUCGCUCUCCCUUCCCUCACACUCCUUCCCGCACACUUCUUUUCUCACACUCCUUCCCUCAACACUCCUCUCCGCCCCACUCCGCUCCUGCAGACCAGGGGGGUGCUCAAGGCGACAAGUCCCCAUCAGGGCGAAUCACUCUGCUCCAGCUGA